CCCAGCCCACCCUUCUUCCUCUCACACACACCGCAGCGCCGUCGCUCCACCCCUCCGCCGCCGUCGUCUCGCCGUCACCUCCUCCUCCCCCCUGCUCUCCUCGGGCUCGGACCAGAGCGCGCUAGGGCCCAGUCGGCAGGGAAGCAGCGGCCUUCCCAUCCCUUCUUCCCCUCCGGAGAGAGUGUCGCCGGCGAGGCGGCCACCUCACCGCCGCCACCAGUAGACCACGACCCCGAGGCCGGCCACGGCGACUAGUUCCAGUAGCGGGUAAACCUCGGGUCGGGUCGACGUCAAGCAUCUCAGGCUGUACUGCUCGCAAUACGCAUCGUCCUCUGCUCUCCGCUGAAUUGAUCAAGAAAGCAACGCGAUUCAGCUCAUGUACACCUCUCCACGGACAAAGAGAACUGGCAGACGCACUGAACGGAUUUCACCCUGUGUGUGAAAGUAUUGUUGCUUUUCCAUUGCUAAUUCAGGAGAAACACAUGAGGCCAUUGCCACUUCAGUGACUCUUAUUAUCAGUAUACGCUGUGUUUGAUCGCUAGGCGUGGAGCUCUGUUGCGCGUGCAGUUGUAAUAAUAUCAAGCAAGGCAAUACUGGUGACUUGAUUUUUGUUGGUGAUGGAUUGUGGUACCUCUAGCAAGAGACGAGUGGAAGCCCCGGGAGAGGGGGAGAGCAGCGGCAAGAGGCAGAGUGUCACCAUGGGGAUGGACGCCCUCGACUGCCCCGUCUGCUUUCAUCCCCUCAGACCUCCGAUAUACCAGUGUUCCGUGGGGCAUUUCAUAUGCUCUUCUUGCCGUCCCAAGCUCGUGCGCAACAAUUGUCACUUAUGCUCUGCUGAAACUACCUUCAAGCGCUGUUUAGGGAUGGAGCGUCUCAUGGAAUCAGUCAUGAUCCCUUGCUCCAAUGCAAAAUAUGGAUGCGCAGAGAAGCUCACCUACUACCAGAAAGAAGAGCACGAGAAGGCAUGCCCGAGCGCCCCAUGUUUCUGCCCGGCGUCCGGCUGCAGCUUUGCAGGGCCAACAGACGCCCUCCUUGAACAUUCCGCCUCCCAGCACAAGUGGCCGUGUACAACCAUCAAAUACUCUGAAGAUGUUAAGUUCACCCUAGAACCAGGUCUACAUUUUCUUCGUAUCAAAGACAGGGAAAUUUUCCUGCUCAACGUGGCACUAGAGCCAUUCGGGCAUGCCAUCUCUGUCGUCUGCAUCCAACCUAAAGCUACAAACUCCAAGUUCAAGUGUAGGAUGUCCUAUGGUUCCUUUUUGACCGACUAUUAUCAGAUAUCAGUUUACAAGAUACGAAGCUCAUCAUUGUCUGAUGGGCUACCGAAGGGAUACAACUUAAUUCUUCCCAAGGAUGAGAUAGCUGAUGAUGGAAAGGGUAACUUGCUUACGUUCUCCAUCGAUGAUCCUAAUCCUAAAGUAAAGGUGCAUGAGCCCAUAUGUCUGAAACCAGUACGCGGUGUAUGAUUGAAGUGGCAAGGUUCAGCGUGGACCUUCGUGGCCUUCACUGUCUGCGUUUCACGACUUGUAUAUGCUAAGAGGCUUUAUGAUCCCAGACUCUGCUUCGUGCCUUCGUAGUUGUUUCAAUGAAGUGCACUCUGUUUUGGUGUUCCAGUUCAUGUAAGGAAUGUUUUCCUGAUUUGGGAGGCGUCUGAUCAAAUAUUUGAUGCUAUGAAAAUUGUGACACCGCCGUGCAAUUGUGUCUGAAGUACUAAAUGAUCAUUUGGUUCUGCUGACUGAUGCAAUCUUUGCUGUUUGCUGCUUUUAAGUCGUGUCAUGGACCAAAACUGCUCAGGGAACAUGCUGUUUCGAGUUGAAACAAGUGAAAUGGGUUACGUUGAUCA